AUGCAGGAGUGGAGAGCAAAUGGUCAGGAGGAUGCUGCCAGGUGGGCCCUCCUGUUUCCUCAGGAGACAAACCAUCAUGUGCCUAAGGCCACUUCUACUUUGAAUCACUUUCAUUGGAACCCAGAUCAAGCAUAUUCUCUCCUUUCAGGAUGUCUUGGGGCUCCUCAACAUCUGCAAGCUUCGAAGGAGAGUGUGACCUUCAAUGACCAGACCAAAUUUGAGCAAGCAAGAACAGAGACUUUAAGACCAUCGACUCCUAUAUGGGAAGCGGAAGGGAGACAUCUGCCAUGGUACGAGGAGGAAACAGCCUCAGUCAUUCAGGAAAGAUAUUGGAGUGAGCAGGAAACCCUUCCAGGAACAGACUUGAGUCAACAUUAUCCUUAUGGAGGCGUAUUGAAUUCUUCAGAAGAACCCAUCAUUCAGCCGGUUUUGGGGCCAGCUUUGAAGGAGAGUGUGACCUUCAAUGACCAGACCAAAUUUGAGCAAGCAAGAACAGAGACUUUAAGACCAUCGACUCCUAUAUGGGAAGCGGAAGGGAGACAUCUGCCAUGGUACGAGGAGGAAACAGCCUCAGUCAUUCAGGAAAGAUAUUGGAGUGAGCAGGAAACCCUUCCAGGAACAGACUUGAGUCAACAUUAUCCUUAUGGAGGCGUACUGAAUUCUUCAGAAGAACCCAUCAUUCAGCCAGUUUUGGGGCCAGAGAAAGGAAGAGAGACCUCAGAGAGUUGGGAAGAAUGCCUUCCGGAAAGUGUGGAACCCGAAAGAUCCCAUCCCUCUCUAUUCUCCGCGGUAGAAGAGAGGCCUUUCCCAUACUGUGAACCAGUAAAUGCCCCUCUGAUUCAAGCAAGAGAAUAUGGGUGGCAGCAAACCCACUCAGGGGGAGAUGCUGGUGGAGCAGGUCUUUCCUCUGAUGGUGUUUAUCAAGGCCCCAGGGAAACCAGGGGCUUCACCUUUACAGAAGCUAAUAAGCACCAAGAGAUCUCAUAUGAACAAAGCUUCUUGCCAAACCCCACCAUCAAAGGGAGCUUUCAGUUUUUGCAGUAUGGAAGAGCAGACAAAGGAGGAAAGAUCCCAAACAAUUGGAAGAAAGACUUUAUGGACACAUUGGAAGGAGGAACAUCGCAUCCAUCUUUAUUUUCCGAGACAGGAGAGUUGUUUUUCCCAUAUAACAACGGAAGAAAUGCCUCCCUAGAUGUAGAAAGAGACAACAGCCACCAGGAAACCCAAUCCAUCGUGGGGUCCAGUGGACCAGUUCCUUCUUGCAGCGCAGGUGUCUUUACUGUCCCCAGGGAAACCAGAGUCCUAAAAGCUAUUGAUGCCAAUGAGACAGAAGGCGAAGUCAGCCUUUCUGGGCUAAGCUUCUGCCUGAAUCCCAUCAUCCCAGACAUCAUGGAGUGUUUGCAAGAUGGAAGAGCAGAUGAUGUUCAGAAGAGUGAGGAUGAUGGAGACCUACAUGGGACAUCACUGCCACAAAGAGCAGAGGAUGAAGAGCUGAAAGAAAACUUCUGUCAAAUUGGGAAAAGGAGCAGCAAUAAGAAAAACCACACCGAAUGUCCAGAAGGCCACAUGCAGAUGGGUUGA